AUGAAGGAAAACUAUGAAAAUGUGGGAUUUGGUGAUUCAUUGAAGCCAAAAAAACCGAAAUCUAGAGAAGUAAGUUCAAGAUAUUUGUCUCCAACUUCGAAUUCUUCAAUUCUUGAUGAUAAAAAUCAGUCUCUAGAAAGUAUAGUACCGAAAACAAGAUCAUCUACUGAUUAUAAUAAGCAUAAAAGUCUCGAUAAAUCGGGAUUAAUGGGUAAGCUUUGGCCGUCUUCUUCUUCUCCAAGUUCAAUCAUGGAUACUUUUGGUAAUCACUUAGGAAAUGAGAGAUUAAAAGAUGUUGAAGAGCGAAAAAAUCGCGAAAUUUCAAAUUCAAAUUCUCAUCCCCUGUUUUUAAGUAAGCAAAAGAGCUGCACGGGGUUUAGUAGAUUUGAGAAUGAAAACGAAAGAACGAAAGAGAAGGAGAAAAGAAGAUCGUUUUUUGGUGGAUCUGGAAAAAUCAAGUUUCCAGGGAGAUUUUCGACUAAUUCAUCGAAAUCUUCGAAUUUAUCGGAUGGUAAUAGUGGCCAGAUUGCCUCUGGAAGAUUUUCUGUUGAUGCGAAUUUGCUUGGAAGAAGAUGUAAUUCAGCAAGAAUUAGAUCAGAUAUUUUAUCUGAUAUAGCAAAUGAAUCGGAAUCCGAAUACAGUGACAUUUGUUCAAAUAACAGUUUUGAUUCCCCUGUUUUUGGGAGAAAUAUUGGUGCACCAUCAUAUAUGGCACCAACAUUAAGUUCACGAAAGUCUGGUAUUGAAGUUCCAUCUAAGUAUAUGCAAGAUUCGUUAUCAAAAUCGCGAAGAUGGAGUUCAGAUUGCAGUGUUCCAAAGCCAGAGUCUCCGAAAUUAGGACUCAAAUUCAACAAUCCAAUACAAAGGGCUGCUACUUCACUUAGCAGUAAAACUUCUAAAUGGGCUUUGUCUCCUAGAAGACCGAAUUUGCCUCCUGUAUUGAUGGAAAAUAGAGGGAUUUUUACGUCGAAUAUGAAGCCCCCUACGAGUCCUUCUAAGGGGAAAAGUGUUGGGAAUUUCCUUAGCAUGGGGCUUGAAUUGCUCAAAGGUAAGAAAUUUUCUUCUGGUGCAGCAUCUCCUCUUAGGCCAGGCACGACGGAGAGUGUUCAUCAUUUAAGGAUACUUCAUAAUAAAUUGUUGCAGUGGAGAUAUGUAAAUGCCAGAGGUGAUUCAGUCCAUCACAAUAUCAGUAGACAAGCUGAGGCAAACUUAGUAUAUGCUUGGGAUGGUCUAAUAAAAAUGAGACAAUCUGUGGUACAAAAAAAGUUGCAGCUACAGAGGCAAAACAUGGAAAUGAAAUUGAGUUUUGUUCUUCAUUCUCAAAUAAAGUUAUUAGAAGGAUGGGGUUCUAUUGAAAGGCAACAUUCUUCAGCAGUGUCAAAUUCCCUGGAUUGCUUACAAUCAGCAGUCUGUAGGGUUCCUCUCAUUGAAGGAGCAACGGUGGAACCACAAUCGGCUAUUAUUGCUCUUCAACAUGCAUCAGAUGUAUCUACAUCGAUCACAUUGAGAUUAUCCAAUUUCUCAUCAGGAGCUGAAAAAACUGCAGAAGUAAUGAAGGACAUGGCAGAGGUAGUUGUACAAGAGAAGUUGUUGUUAGAAGAAUGCUUGGAGCUUUUCAAAAACAUUUCUACACUAGAGAGUCAAGAAAGGUAUUUAAUAUGCAGCAUUAUCCAAUUUAGACAGCAACAAGAACAGUACUGCAAAAAAGAGAAGAGAAUGGUAUAUGUUUAA